CAAGGCAGGAUGGAACCUCCCCAGCCAGACGCUCCCAAUGCCUCCUUCUACCAGCCUUCCGUGCUCCUCUUGAUGGGCAUCCCUGGAAUGGGCAGGAGCCACCAUAGACUCAUCUCCAUCCCCUUCUGCUUGCUUUACUUUGUGGCCCUCUUGGGAAACUGCCUCAUCCUCUUCAUCAUUGGCAGAACAGCCAGUCUCCAUGAGCCCAUGUAUUACUUCCUCUCCAUGUUGGCCCUCAUGGACCUGGGCCUGGUCCUGUGCACCCUCCCGACCACGCUAGGCAUCUUCUGGUUCGACGUCAGGGCGAUUGGCUUCGAUGCCUGCCUCACCCAGAUGUAUUUCAUCCAUGCCGUCUCCAUCCUGGAGUCCUCGGUGCUCCUGGCCAUGGCCUUUGACCGCUUUGUGGCCAUCUCAUGCCCCCUGAGGUACAAAGCCAUCUUGACAAAGCCCACCAUUGUCAAGAUAGGCCUGGCCAUGUUGGCGAGGGCGGCCGUCUCCCUGCUCCCCAUCCCUUUUCUGCUCAGGAGGCUGACGUACUGCAGCAAAAACAGCCUCUCCCACUCCUUUUGCUUGCAUCCCGACAUCAUGAAGCUGGCCUGCAAAGACGACAUCAGCAUCAACAUUCUGUACGGCUUAAUCGUCAUUCUUUCAACCGUUGGCAUAGAUUCGCUCCUCAUUGCGCUGUCUUAUUUCCUGAUCAUCAGGACCGUCCUCAAGGUGGGUCCCAAGGGGAAAUGCCUGAAGGCUUUGAAUACCUGCGUCUCUCACAUCUGUGCCGCCCUCAUUUUUUUCAUCCCCAUGAUUGGCCUAUCCAUCAUCCAUCGAUUUGGCGAGGAUGUGGACCCUCUUGUAAAAGCCAUGGUUGCCUACGUCUACCUGAUAGUGCCCCCCGCUUUGAACCCUAUCAUUUACAGUAUUAAAUCGAAGCAGAUCCGGAAGGCUCUCUGGAAGUUGUUGCUUUGGAAGGCAGUCCCUCUUUGAAACAGAGCAGAUAGGUCCACCAGUAACUGUUUCAGUUUAGUUCAGCCGUUGUGAAACUAGCCAUGUUGUGCUUCCCAGGACAGCUUUGUAUCCUGUGGAGCUGCCUGCACCCAAUUUUAGCAAAGGAAACCAUCACAAUGAUUGACAUCUCCACCGAUUUGCAAAAAUGGCUGAAGCAAACUGGAAGAUCAGAACGUGUCAUUGUGAACCUGGCGCCGUCUUCCACCUGAAGGGCUCUCACUUGGAAUGUGGAGCAAGCUUCUUUUCUGCUGCUCCACAGGGGAGGAUUCAAAUGUCCAGAAAGGAGACUCCAACUACGGUAAAUACUAGGAAGAACUCAUAGCCAUUCAACAGUGGAACAGACUCCCUCGGAAGGUGGUGGACUCUCCUUCCUUGGAGGUUUUUAAGCAGAGGUUGGAUGGACAUCUGUCAUGGAUGCUCUAGCUGUGAUUCCUGCAUUGCAGGGGGUUGGACUAGAUGACCUUUGGGGUCCCUUCCAACUCUGCAAUUCUACGAUUCCAUGAUUCUGCGAAGCAUGCCUUCAAUUCAACCCCAAACUGUAGCAUUCGCAAUGCUUCUUGCUUAGGUGCAUCCAGGCAGUUUUUCUGUUUUGUAUUUAGGUUCUGAUUUACGUCUUGAGAAGUGA